GCCUCUGUCGGCAGGCACAGCGGGGGAACCCGCGAGCGAGCUCUCCACCGGCCAUCUGCCAUGUCAGAGCCCGGCGCGAACGGCGCCCGUCGGCGGCAGCGCAGGAGGUGGCGCCUGUACUGGUGCUACGUGUGCCGCCGCGCGCUGCGCACGGUGUCGUCCCCGACCUCCGACGUCUUCUGCCCGCGCUGCCUCGGCCGCUUCCUCCACGAGAUCGAACUCCCCGUGCCGCGCGAGCCCGUGCACGCGCCGACCGAGCGGCUCUUCCAGCCGCCGCCGUUGUUCCCGUACGAGGGCGCCCCCCGCCACUGGGUCAUAUACAGGGGCGAGGACGACGACGACGCGGCCGACACGCCAGGCCCACGUCUCCGCCGCGUCCCGUCCCCGCCGCCGGCCCCGGGAACGCACGGCGGCUUGGGCGGUGCCGAUGCCGGUCCACCGGCAACCGGCAUCGACCCGGCGGGGUUCUUCACCGGCCCCAACCUGAACGCGCUCAUCGAUGGUCUGACGCAGAACGACCGCCCCGGCCCGCCGCCCGCGCCGGCGUCGGCGAUCGACUCGCUCCCCACGGUGCACGUCUCGCCGGAGCACAUGGCGGACGGCUCGCAGUGCCCCGUGUGCAAGGAUGAGUUCGAGCUCGGCGAGACCGCGCGCGAGCUGCCGUGCAAGCACGCCUACCACUCCGACUGCAUCGUGCCGUGGCUCCGGCUCCACAACUCCUGCCCUGUCUGCCGGCAGGAGCUGCCAAUGCCGGCCGGUGAUGAAUCUCCCGAUGGCGCGGGCGCAGGCGACGGAGGCGAGGAGACGGUUCCGCCGUGGCAGCUGCUUGCCGGCUGGGGGCCACUGGCUUGGCUGCUAACGCUGGGGGAACCGGACGUGGGCGGCUGGGAUAAUGGAUCUCGGCAGCGUGGGACGGAAGCCGACGCCGAUGACACCGGCGGCAAUGUCAGUCGUGGCGCCACGAUUCUUCAGUCGUUUGUUCUCGUCGCUGCGUGCUUUUUCUUUGUCUCCUUUCUCGUUUGAGAAAUGGCACAUUGGAGACUGUCACGUGUGCAUAUCAUUUAUUCGGAAAAGAAAACCCAGGUUUCACGUGCACCACGCAUGAUCAGACAAAAAAUUAUGUACAGAGCUAAAGCUUCAGUGAUUCAAUUUCAUGAACAUGCUCCCAUCGGUGCAUAUCAUUAUUCGGAACAGAAAA